CGCACCGAGCGCCUGGAGUUGGCGUCACGCAGUGGCCGAGCGGAGAGAAACAGCGCGCCCUCGGAGCGGGAAUGGGGCCGAGGAGCGGCCUCUGGUACCGGUACCGAGCAGCGCCGGCUCCCCGCCAUCCGACUUCACUGCGGAGCAGAUAACAGAGGAUCGGUGCGGGUCGGGCCGCUGGGGAGCGUUGAGGAAGAAGCAUGAAUGGAACUACUGUUGUAUUAAGAAAUUCGAAAGUUGCAAGCUGAAUCAUUCUAGACCAAGCAGAAUGUUGUAAAAGAAACAUGGCUGAGGAUUGUGUUGGAUCUACCUAUAGCGUGCUGUCAACAAUGCCUUCUGACUCAGAAAGUAGCAGCUCCCUCAGCAGUAUUGGUACAGGCACCUCUGGGAAGGCAGCUUCUCCUCCUCCAACACUCAUGGAUACCAGACAGAUGAGUGAGAAGCUAGAAGCCAUAGUGUACCAACUUCGACAAGUCACCCGUGAACGGGAUGAGUUACGCAAACAGCUAGCACUUUCUUCCCCUGGCUCUACGUUUGAUGAUUGCAGACCCAGCCCUAAGCCAAGCCAUGACUAUGAGAGACUGAAAAUGCAGUGCAUGAAAGCCAUGUCAGAUCUGCAGUCUCUGCAGAACCAGCACACAAAAACGCUGAAGAAAUGUGAGGAGGCAGUCAAAGAAGCAGAUUUUUAUCACACAUUACAUAGUCGCCUACGAAUUGAUCAGUCUCAACUCAAGGAAGAUAUGGAGGUCAUCAAGAGGGAGAACUCCCAGUUGUUACGGGAACACAAUCAUGCACAACAGACCUGUGAGGAACUGAAAAGACUCCAUGAGGAAGAUCAGAAGGAGAUCACUGACCUACGCAGUCAGCAACAACAAGUUAUGAGGGAAAAUGGCUCAUCUGAGAUUCUAAAUAAACUAUAUGAUACUGCCAUGGAUAAGUUAGAAGGCUUAAAGAAAGAUUACGACACACUGAGAAAACGGUACAACGAGAAGGUUGCCAACCAUAACACUGACCUCAGCCGUUUGGAGCGGGUAGAAGAGGAGAAUCGGCGUUUUCAGAAACAGAAUGAGAUGCUCAUGAAGCAAACAGAUGCUGCUGUUGUGGAGAAAACAUCUGUCCAGCAACAAUAUUUAUCCACACUGAAAAGGUAUGAUUCCAUACAGCACGAGUUAAGUAAAGCAACAGUACAGAACAAAGAGCUCCAGAGAGAAAUGGAACGAUUACAAACUGAGGUGACCAGAUACAAGACGUUACAGCUGAAAGCAGUGAAGGAUGCAGAGAAAUACAAGGAAGAAAGGGAUACAGUGCUAAAUGAAUAUCGACUAGUCAUGAGUGAAAGAGACCAGGUGCAUAAAGAGAUUGACAAACUGCAGACGGAACUGGAAUUGGCACAGGGUCAUCUAAAAAACACCUCAUCAGAGAGAAAAGUGGCUGGUGAAGAGCUUGAAGCUCUUAGACAGGAGCUUCAUUCUGCGUUGGUAGAGCGAGAUCAUGCUAUCUGUGAGAGGAAUGAACUGCUGGAGAAAUACUGCCAUGAAGUGAAGGACAAAGCAGAAGCUCAAAAGGAGCUUGAUCAGGCUUGUAAGGAUAUUGAGACUGUGAAAGAAGAGAGAGAUGUUGCUAGGAAGGAAAGAACAGAAGCUAUCAUCCAGAGAGAUCAGUUGCUGCGGGAGUACUACCAGGCUCGACAGUGUUUGAAUUUACAGAAACAAGACUCAGCCACGUUGGACAUGGAAAGGGCCGGUAAGGAAAUCGAGAUGCUGCGGAAGCAGUGUGAAGCCAUGUCCCAGGAACUAAAGGAAGGCAUACAGGAGGCAGAAGUGGCUAAACGUAGGCGAGACUGGGCAUUCCAAGAACGAGAUAAAAUAGUUGCAGAAAGAGAAAGCAUAAGAACUUUAUGUGAUAACUUACGACGGGAAAGAGACAGAGCUGUGAGUGAUCUGGCUGAAGCUCUUCGGGACCUUGAUGAUAUGAUGAAGCAAAAGAAUGAUGCCGUUCGCGAACUUAAGGAACUGAAGGAGAAAAUGGAAAACCAGUUGGAGAAAGAGGCACGGAUUCGGCAACUGAUGGCUCACAAUUCCCACGAUUCUGCUAUUGACACGGAUUCCCUUGAAUGGGAGACAGAAGUAGUUGAAUUUCCAAAAGAUAGGGAUGACAUGGAUUUGAAGGCAUUGGGCUUUGAUGUAGCUGGAGGAGCUGAAGAACCUUAUCUACCUGGAGACUCUGGCAUAUUUGUUAUUAAGGUUGACAAAGGAAGUAUUGCAGAUGGACGGUUAAGGGUGAAUGAUUGCUUGCUCAGGAUAAAUGAUGUAGAUCUUACCAACAAAGACAGAAAACAUGUUAUCAAAGCUGUACUGAAUGGCGGAGGGGUCAUUAAUGUGGUAGUUCGUAGAAGAAAAUCCUUGGGAGGUAGAGCUAUCACCCCAGUUCACAUUAGCCUUGUGGGGCACAAAGACAUUGGAAUCAGCUUGGAGACAGGAAUAUAUGUAGCUACAGUUUCCCCUGGCAGCUCUGCUGCUAGAGAAGGAUCCUUAACAGUGGGAGACAGACUCAUUACAAUAAAUGGUAUUGCACUAGAAAACAAGUCACUGACAGAAUGUGAAGCUUUGUUAAGAAACUGCAGGGAUUCUGUCAGUCUUUCACUGAUGAAGGUGGUUCCUCAGAGUUCAUCAUGGAGUGGGCAGAAUAUACUUGAAACACUAAAGGAGUCUGAGAAAUCUGGUAACUGUAGGGUUCAGGAGUCGGAGGUACAGGUUCCCAACACUCGAAACUUGAAACACAAUAGCUCAACACAGACAGACAUUUUCAUUACAGAUUCGAACAUACUUGACGACAAAAAUGACAGAGAUCACAAAGAUGGCUCUUAUUGUGAAAGCAAACAAUUUUCCAGCCGUUCUUUGCAGCCUAAUACAUACAGGACAGCUGAACACACUUGCUGCAACUAUUCAGAACUUAAAGUUGGUCCUCUCAGCUCGGAGAUCUAUGGGAUUGCGGAGCACGAGAAAAGGUGUUUCACCUUUGACCCAGCAGUUGCAGAUUGUGUGGUGGUAGAUACUGAUGCUGAAAAGGGGCACAGUCCUAAACAUAAUGGUGGCACCUGGCCAAAAACAAUGGUGGACGUUUCACCUGAACCUGGGAAACUCUCCAUAUUCAAAAUGCCAAAACAGAGGAAGCCUGUCUUCGAUCCAGAUACUUUCAAAAGGCCACAGACUCCUCCAAAAAUGGAUUAUCUCUCCCCAACACAAAAGCAAUCACAUUCUUCACAGUCCUCAAAGAGUGAAUCUGGCUCAACACCUCCCACACCUCCUAAGAGGAGUGAUUCAUUUAAAUUUAAACAUAAACAGCAAACUAGCUCUGCUUCAGAUACUGCAGCAACUAGUGGGUCACCUCCAUCAAGUCCUGCCGGGCCUCAAUCACCUGUUGCCCUUGGAGUAAAGCAGGACAACACACAAGAAGCUCAUGAUAGAAAUGCUGGCCAUUAUCAGCCAACACCAUUCUUAGAAGGGAGCGCUUUAAUACCUUCAAGGAUUUCCUCCGAAGAAGAAGGUAAUCAGCGAGUUGAGGAGGUAGAACCUGUGAACAGACGUCGACCAAAAUCUGCUCCUGCUUUAAGACCAAGCAAACUUGCUCCUUUGACUAUUUCUGGACUGUCCCCUCAGGAAAACGUUGAUCCUCAUUCGCACUAUGAGAGUCAUGCAUCUUGCUCCUCGGUUCCCAGAUACAAUACAAGUGAAGAACGUUUAUCUUUGGAGCCACAGGAAUGGCACCGUUACACACCAAAACGCUCACAGAGGCAAAGUGGUGGCUAUGCAUCAACAACCUAUAAUUGUCCAACAUCAGGCAGUGCACAGAGGAGCUUUGUGCCUUGUCCAGCAGUGACAGCAGUUCUGCGAAAUCCAAAUGUUCCUUUCUUCACUGUUCGCAGCCGCAUGGUCCACAGUGCCAACUAUCCCUCCAUGGCGAGUCAAAUGUGCUAUCCACAUCCACAACAUAGUAGCACAAGGAGCCAUUCACCAACCGAAAGCUAUAAUGGUUCUCCAAGGGCCCGGCACAGACCUCAGAGUGCGAUUUGCUUUCCAGAAUCCGUGCAUACCUUUGAUGGUUUUAGUCCACAGCAUCAUGCACAUCACAGCCUGGAUUUGACUGGCCCAGACCACAAACAUUCGAGUGAUUUGUCCAAGUCUUCCAGAAGUACAACACCACAUGGAACACAAUCUCUGCCAGCCAGUGCGCGUAUUGCUGGGUCAUCAAGCAGCCUGGCCUUUGCUCCCAGUAAAAGUGGACGGAUUCGAAUCCCUUCAAACACAAGGUAUCCUCGAUUGACAACAGGCUCUGACAGAGGUUCCGAGCGAAGCAGUCCCAGUUUGAUUACACCUCCACAAUCACCAAUGAACCUAGAGACAUCUUCAUUUGGCAGCAGCCAGUCACAGAGUUCAAUUUCUUCUCUAACUAAGAUCUCCAUCAGUCCUGUGUCAACAGGAGAAUACAGGAAAGACAGAUACCUUUUCCGUAAUAGGUCCUUUCUGAGAAUUCCUCUCACUCCUAGGCCUCGAUUUUCAUCACUACGGAGUCUGAGGCCCUACCUGCAUGAACCACGUCAUGUGACAGUACAAAAAGGAGCUGAGCCCCUUGGAAUCUCCAUUGUAAGUGGAGAAAAUGGAGGAAUUUUUGUUUCAAAGGUAAUUGGUGGAAGCAUCGCUCAUCAAGCAGGACUUGAAUACGGUGACCAAUUACUUGAGUACAACGGUAUUAAUUUGAGGAAUGCCACUGAGCAACAGGCUCGAUUAAUUAUUGGACAGACAGAGCCAUGCGAAACUAUCACCAUCUUGGCACAAUAUAACCCCCACAUGUAUCAGCUGGGUAACCACUCACGCUCCAGUUCUCGAUUGGAUCCGAUAAGUAAUCAUUCAACUCCCCACGACAGUGGAGCAACAACGCCUGACAAUCACUCGAUAAUCGAUGCUGUGAGUGAACAGGAUGAAGGGACGAUAACACCCCCGUCGAAGCAAACUACCCCAACGACUAGUCCACGAAACUCUAUUAGGAAGUCUAUUGAUUCAACCAAUCAAACUUUUGAGCCAAGAUUUCUAUUCCUGAAGAAGACACAGAUGGAACUGGGGAUCCAAAUUUGUGGAGGGAAUUUGUAUGGAGUGUUUGUGGCAAAGGUAGAAGAUGACAGUCCAGCUAAAGGCCCUGAUGGACUGGUACCUGGAGAUAAGUUACUGGAGUACAAUGGUAUGGAUAUGCGAAAUGUAACAGCAGAGCAGGCCUAUGUUGAAAUGCUGAAGCCCACAGAGUCGAUCUCUGUGAAGGCUCAGUAUAAGAUAGAGGAAUUCAACAAGAUCAGAGAUGAAGCAGGAGAUGGAUUCUAUAUCAGAGCACUUUAUGAUCGAGUUGCAGAAGUAGAACACGAUCUGAGUUUUAAGAAGGAUGAUAUUCUUUAUGUUGAUGACACUCUGCCACAAGGAAAUUUUGGUUACUGGAUGGCUUGGCAAUUGGAUGAAAAUGCUCAGAAACUUGAAAGAGGACAUAUCCCCAGCAAAUACAUGAUGGACCAGGAAUUCUGUAGAAGACAUAGUAUGUCCGAGGUCAAGGAUGAAAAUGGCUCUGUUAAGACUCUGUCAGCAGCGGCCAGAAGAUCAUUCUUUCGGCGAAAGCAAAAACAUAAACGGAAUAAUUCAAAAGAUGGAAAGGAGAUGUUGGCCCUUGACGCCAUAAGCACUGAUUCUAUCCCUUUGUUGGAAGAUUCUGGAAGUUUGGCAUAUCAAAGAGUGCAGAAAAUAGAAUGCACUUCCCCAAGACCUGUGCUUAUCCUGGGACCAUUAGUGGAUGUUGUAAAGGAUAUGCUCGUCAAAGAUUCUGCUGGAAAGUUCUGCAGAUGUCCAUUAGAGGUUAUGAAAGCUUCCCAGCAGGCCAUUGAACGAGGAGUAGCAGACUAUCUCUUCAUUGAUUACAAGAGGAGGAGUGGACAUUUUGAUGUCACAACUGUUGCCUCCAUUAAAGAAAUAACUGAGAAGGACUGCCACUGCUUGCUUGAUAUUGCACCACAUGCCAUUGAGCGUCUGCACCGAAUUCACAUCUACCCAAUUGUCAUAUUCAUACGGUACAAAAACCUAAAGCAAAUCAAAGAGCAAAAGGAUCCAAUCUUUCUGCGAGACAAAGGUACACAAAAAAAACAUUCCAAGGAACAGUUUGAGGCUGCUCAAAAGAUUGAACAGGAAUACAGCAAGUUUUUCACAGGUAUUGUCCAAGGAGGUAGCCUGCCUUACAUUUGCACUCAAAUCAUGACAAUUGUUGAUCAAGAACAAAGCAAAGUCCUCUGGAUCCCAGCUGGGACUCUCUAGGACCCCACUUGGGCAGCUCAUACUCACGUUGGUGUAGGAGUGUUUAAGCAGUCGAUCGCUUCAUUGAGUUUGGAUUAAGUCUGUCUGAAGAUUGCGGGUUACACAGAAUAGACAGCAUGCUGAAUGGAUUUCUGGAGAUCAGAAAAAGUCGUCAACUUGAGGGUGUUGGGUAAAUGCUGUUAAAUAAGUCCUGGCAUCUACUGUACUGCAAUAUAAAGAGAAACCCUUCAAAUUGGAUUUUUACAGGACUGAUUUUAAAAUAGAUAUUUUAUUCUGCCUUCUUGACCCUAUUCCCCUUCCCCAAUAAAAGUUGGAAAAGUGACGUUGCAACUAAAAAGACACGUUUACAAGUAAUGUUUCCUGACUAUUUGUUUUAAAUAUUUACUUGAAUGUUUUUAUCUUUUUGUUUUCUUACUCUUCAUAUUUUGGAUAAGGCGGCUCUUUUGAAUGAGGUUUGUGCAUGUGAAUGGGCGUGUUUACCUGGUUACAUGAUAGCGCCCUGAGAUUCGACUGGCAGGUUAAACUUUAUAAAAAUUGGUACAGUGUGAACUUGUAGUUGGGAAAAGGUAUUGUGACUGGUACUGUUUGGAGUGAGUUAUGAAAUGUUUGUGCACUCCCUCGAAGGGCAGACCACUACAUUUGUUUCUGUUUUUAUUGUCUGUCAAAUAUAUUUUUCUGCAUGGAUCUUGAUAUGUAAACAGCAUAAUGUAUCUGAUCAUAUUGUAUAAACUAAUACCUUAAUUGUUGGGCCUAAUAUUGUGUAGCAAGGGAGUAAUGAGCUAUUAGCUAGGCCUAGCAUGCUGAUAUGACACUUUCUAAAAGCUGUAAAUAUUGAAGAAACUCAUCUUGGUGCAAUUUUGCAAGUUAUGUUGAGCAUUUUUUUUAAAAAAAGAACAUUUCAGUGUGUGUAGCAGUCAAAUAGAUUUAUUUAACUUUAAGAAAAUAUUUCCCUUGGAUGAUUUGUCUAAGUAAAUGUAGUUAUAAGGCACAGUAAAUAAUUGUUAGUGUUGCCACUGUCUGGAAAGCAGUCAUUGAAUCUGCAUUGCUUAUGGAUGUUUCUUGUCAUAUAUUGUGCCAAAUUGUCAACAUUUGUAUCCUCUGUUUUCAUGUUGCACUUGUGAAUCCAUGUGUGCCUAACACAGGAUUGCUCUCGAUCCUCCAGUUCGUCUCCUGUUUUUAGGUAGUUCACUGCUGUACCUACCGUCUUCAAUGCAAAUGAAUCAUUAAAGAAACACGACUGUU